AUGUCACCCUACAAAAUGCGAGACAGCCUCUCGCUGGUCCCAGGAGAAGCAACCGGAGAUAUUCUCUGGACCGACACUCCCAUCAGCUUUUACGGCGGCGUCGACCCAACCACGGGACAAAUUAUUGACCUACAUCACCCCCUUUGCGGGAGCAGUAUAAAAGGACGUAUUCUAGCUAUCCCAGGUGGACGUGGAUCGUGUGCCGGGAGUGGCGGUAUGCUCGAACUACUCCAUGCAGGACACUCACCAGCGGGACUUGUUUUCUCUCAACCAGAGCUGCUUGUCACGCUGGGUGUUUGGGUAGCGCAGGAAAUGUUCGGCAUAUCAAUUCCAGUACUGGUAGUACCCUCAUCGGUGUUUCUUCAACUUCAAAAGAUAUAUGGACAACCGGCUACUAUCACAAACUCCUAUCUUCAGAUUGGAUACCAACCCUUGGAAAUUCCUCUUUCUCCAUUUUCUACCAAACAAAACGAUGGGAAACCAUUCCCUCUCAGUCCUGAGGAUAAAGAUAUCUUGAAUGGUAAAAUGGGCGAAGCUGCAAGGCUUGCCAUGAAAGUGAUCAUUCGGUUUUCAGAGGCCCAAGGAGCAGAUGGCUUGAUAGAUAUCUGUCAGGCUCAUAUCGACGCCUGUGUUUAUGUCGGACCAACAAGCCUUUUCUUCUCCCAGAGACUCCUGGAUCUAGGAGGAAGGGUUGCUGUUCCUAGUACCAUGAACUCGCUCAACGCAGACCGACGACGAUGGAAAGAGCUUGGUUGCGACCCAGAGUUAUCAACAAACGCAUCCGCAUUAGGCGACGCCUAUCUCAAGAUGGGAGCCAAAGCCAGCUUUACCUGUGCCCCGUAUACGCUCGAAACCGCCCCAGAAUUCGGCGACCAGAUUGGAUGGGCCGAAUCAAAUGCAGUGGUCUUCGCAAAUAGUGUCCUUGGCGCGAAGACCCAGAAAUAUCCGGAUUAUCUUGAUGUUUUCAUUGCCCUCACUGGUCGAGCACCGAACUUCAAUGCCCACACUAAGAAUGGUCGCUUGCCAACAAUCUGCAUUGAUUUUGAUGAGUUGACCGAGUUCGAUGACUCUCUUUUCCCCUUAUUGGGCUACCGUGUGGGGGAGCUGGUAGGGGCAGAGAUUCCGAUUGUAUUGGGGCUGCACAACACUUCAGCAGGCAUACCAGAGCUCAAAGCAUUCGGAGCAGCAUUUGCUACAACAUCAGCAGCUCCGAUGUUCCACAUACAUGGCAUUACCCCGGAGUCAUCAGAAGUUGAGCAUCUGAUUUCUUCCAUAACUCACAUUCGUGUCUCUUUAAAAGAUCUCCGAAUGUGUUGGGAAAAGCUCAAUACCGGCGUCGAUAACUCGGUAGCUGUCGCGUCAUUGGGAAAUCCUCAUUUCGCAUUCGAGGAGUUUGCGCGUCUCGCCGAACUUUGCAAAGGUCGUCAAAGAUGUACUCAGACACAAAUGAUGAUUACAACGAACAGAGAGGCAUAUGAGCAAUCUGCUAGAGCAGGCUUUGUUGAUAUACUAGUUCAAUUCGGCGCGGAUUUCAUCACAGAUACAUGUUGGUGUUUGAUUGGGGAAUCAGUGAUUCCACUGGAAGCGAAGAAUCUGAUGACGAAUUCGGCAAAAUACGCUCAUUAUGGGCCCGGAACAACAAAGCGAGGAAUUCAUUUUGGUAGCUUGAGAGACUGUGUGAAUGCGGCUGUACAUGGUACCAACGAGCGAGUGAUGCCAACAUGGCUUCUGGCCGAAGGACCCAUCAGAAUCUGA